GUCAAGCCUCACACACCUACGAAGACAGAGAAAGCCCAAAUGCAUUUGAUCAAGGUCACCUUGUUGCUGAGCUUAUUGGCUCUGUGCCAUAAGAGUCAGGUCCAGGCAUUUUCAAAAGAUUUUGACAAGUACCUGCAGUGCUUCGAGGUGAUUAACGACGGGGUGUCCUUGCUGAUCGAAAACACCAUUCCUGCAAUAAAGAUCCUGGUUUUGUGCAUUGACUAUCAACCCCAGUUGGAAAAGGGCAAUAGCUUCCUCAAGUACAUUCGAAUCGUGCACCAAUUUGCCAAGAAGGCGAUCUACCAUAAGCCCGAUUGCCUUAUCCAGAUGUUCUCGGCGGCUGUCACUUUGCUGAAGCCCCAGGAACGAAAGUUAGACUCCCUGAACUGCUUUGAGGAGUAAGGUCUACAAUAAAUUAUACAUUUUCAAUAAAAAUUCAGAGCAUACCCGGAGUUUGCGUGGCUUAGCAAACUGAA